AUAGAGAUGUUGUAAAGGGGGGGCGGGGUUUUAAAUGAAUAUCUGAUGUCACACAUUUCGUUCAGUAACGGUGAGAGUUCAGCAGAGCAACACGUAACAUGGCAACUAAAAUCAUCUAUUUUACUGUGAAUGGAAGACCAGAACAAGCUGAGUUUCCCAUUGACUGUCCUGCACAAGAUGUUAAAGAUCUUUUCCGAGCUGCAGCUGAAGCGGGACCUCAUGACAUUUUAAAACUCUAUAAUACUAAAGGCAAUAUCAUUAAUAUUUCCCCUCAGCUGGCCCCAAACAGUCCUCACUCCUGCUAUAAGCUGGAAGUGGUUGCUGCAGACUGCAACAGUGAGCUGUUAGGUUCAGAGCUGGCCGUUGCUCUGGGAUUUGACCUCUCUUCUAUGGAGAAAAGGUUACAGAGCCUGGAGAAAAGAAUUCUAGCUGAAGCAGCAGAGACUCCUGCCAUUGUGUAUGAGAUGAAGAGACAGGUGGAGUCAUUCAGAGAGAAACUGGAGAGUGUUGAGCACCUGAGUUGGCUGGGAUUGUUUAAGGACAUGUCGGAAAGCACCCACAAGCCCUCCCCUUUCUACCAUAAAAGAACCCUGCGCAAGACCCGUGAGGAGUGUGAGCAUGUCAGGGAAAAGUUCCUCCAAAUGAGUUCUUUGGAGGUUUCUGAAGAGGUGAGACAGUAUCUUAAAACACCAACCUUUGAUAACUGGCAAUGGGAGGAUGCUGAGAUUAUGGUGCUGCUCCAGGUCAUGUACACAGAUCUGGACUUCAUCUCCACCUUCAACAUUGAGCUGGACGUGCUGCAGCAGUUUCUUUAUGAAGUGUACCGACGCUACAAUAACAUCCCCUUCCACAACUUCAAGCACUGCUUCUGUGUCACUCAGAUGAUGUAUGGGCUGAUAUGGCUGACAGAUCUCAGAAGCAAGAUUGACAGUAUUGACCUCCUCAUCAUGCUGACCUCAGCCGUCUGUCACGAUCUAGAUCACACUGGCUACAACAAUGCCUACCAGAUUAAUGCCCGCACUGAGCUUGCCUUGAGAUACAAUGACAUCUCCCCACUGGAAAAUCACCACUGCGCUGUAGCCUUUGAAAUCCUGGAAGAGACUGAAAGCAACAUUUUCCGAAACUUGUCGACGGAGCACUACAAAAGAAUAAGAGAGGGAAUAAUUAAAUGUAUUCUCGCUACUGAUAUGACCAGACAUACAGACAUCCUCAACAAGUUCAAAGCCAUUCUCCCUGUGUUCGACUUCAGCAAUAAGGAUCACAGAGAUGUGUUGAUGAUGAUCAUGAUUAAAGUAAGUGACAUCUCCAAUGAGGCGAGACCCAUGGAUGUGGCAGAACCGUGGCUGGACUGUCUGCUGCAGGAGUUCUUUAAUCAGAGUGACAUGGAGAAGUUGGAAGGUCUCCCUGUCACCCCGUUCAUGGAUCGAGACAAAGUGACCAAACCGUCUUCUCAGACUGGAUUCAUCCGCUUCGUUCUCUUUCCUCUCUUCAUUGAACUGGCCAAUCUGUUCCCCUGUCUGGAGCAACACAUCAUUGACCCAGUGCGGAAAGCCCUGGAUUAUUACACAGAGAUGGAGAAAGCUCUGGAGAGGGAGAAACAGAACCGGGCCCAGAGUGAGAAAGUGGUCAAGCCCAGCACCUCAAAAGAGCCAGGAACUCAUUCAGAACAGGGUGGGACAACAAAACCAGUUGACCUGUAAUCUAACCUCUGAUUCUUAAAUGUUUUCAUUCUAUGAUGAAAGUUGAGCUUUAAGGCUUAAAGUAAGAGGACACAAGUAAAAAUACUAUUUUUUUUCUUUUUCUAAUUUAAUAUAACAUGUAAAACAUGUAAUAUAAGUUGAUGAAAAAUUUGUAAUUGAAGAAUUUAACAUGAAUUUCAGUCACUCUUUUGCACUGACAGCAUCUGGAAUAAAAAUGCUUAAUAAAAAACACAAUGUCUACUGAG